GCAUAUCAUGUAAUUCGAGGAAUUACUAGGGAAUGAAUUGUCAGUGAAAUUUGAUAAGAAGUGCAGGUGCUAUAACUCUAUAAAGUGGACGUAUAGACAGGACGCAGUCUGAAGCUUUCCUAAUAUGAUGCUCAUCUGUAUCAUUGUUUCGCUCUUGGCACAUUUGAUAUCUGCCGACGAAUGCUUUGGAAAAGUUGACGGCGUGUACGAGGUGGCCUGUCGGUCCUAUGUCGUCUGCCACAACCAGCACGGAACCAUCCAUAACUGUCCGGACCCUCCAGCCACUAAUACCGUCUUCAACUCCAAUACAAAAUCAUGUGACGAUCCUGCAAGGGUACCCGCCCCUUGCGGUAUGUGGCAGGACUGUACUCUGUUAGCGGACAAGAGAUACGCCGAUAUAACCAGGAACUGCACCUCCUACUACACAUGCCACGGAGGGACGUACUUUGGACACAAUUUCUGUAACCCAGGUGUCGUCUUUGAUGAAGUCAUGCAGAUUUGCAACUGGCCCCAGAAUGUAGCUCCACCUUGUGGUACAAGGGGAACGAAGCGUAGAUAACUUACGUCAUGUGAAUAAUGAAUGUAUUCUCGAUAUAUAUACAAUAAAAUAAUUUUUUAUGUAA